AUUUGCGGGGGCGCCAAAAAUACGUGGGCCCCCAGCUCCACAUGGCGGGAUUCAUUCAUGGCUUUUGAUAUCACUGUUGUUUCGCAAACCGAGGCGAGAUGUGAAGUUUCUUUUUGGCCGGAGAGAAAAGCGUGUCGUGUUUUGGGACGUUCGGGUAAGAUUUUCGAAAAGAGUUUGGUGCGAGCUUGUUCGCUGUUCGGUCAACUUUACAACUUCCUCGGAAACUUCGUCGAAUCGGUGAUUGGCACAACUUGUCGAGUGAUACGCGAGUUGGUGAUAGAAUCACUGCGGAGUAAAGUGCAACUGCAAUUAACUGCGCAAUUUGAUGGAUGCGAAAUGUGUGAUUGUUAAAGGCAAUUAUUUCGAAUAUUGAGUGCUGGAAUACAGUGAGACUCAACUAAUCGAACGCGGGACCAGUUAUCAGUGCCUUCCAUAGGAUUUUAUAUGAAGCACCAUCACCGGAGUGUUUCCUGUGUUCCCAGAACGUCGGUUCCACCACACCAUCCGCAACAAUUUAGCGCCGUCCAGCCAAACAUAUCCGCCCCAUUUCUGCCAUUUUUACUAACAACACUUUAUACCGAUUUACACUAUUCCCUACCAAUUUUACUCGUUUUCGUGCAUCGACCGUAUGGCAAGAGGUCCUCUAGCCCCUUGCCACUCUGUCACCAGUCAAAAUGUUAACACUUGCGAUGCGCCACUCCCAACACAGUGACACCACACGGGUACCACCAAGCGGGAUUGGUUCCAGUAAUAACGGAGAUGAAUUCGUGGACAUUUUACAGGUUCAGCAGAUUCUUCUGGAUUCAAAUCGCAGAGAACCUGCAGGUUUGCAUCCAGUCACCACGCAACCGGGGGUGCCGCCGCGAUUGGUGAUGGACACGUUGGGUACCACGUCUUCGUAUUACUACGGAAACCCCACCUAUCAUCAAACCCCUCCUGGAUCAGCUGGAGCCAGCAUGGAUGACUUGGUUGCGAUGUGGUUCAGUGGAGGACCGAGCACAUCAGGUUCUCUCGAUCCCGAAGAGCUUUCAAUCGAACAACAUAGUCAACAUCAGGCCUCCCCUCAUCAAUCACCCACCGGCUCUCACCUGGCCGGUAGGGCCACCCCACAGGACUCUGCACUGAGCCCAAAAGAAGAGAGCACCAAUCAGAGCAGCUUGAGCAACAUGUACCCGCACCAUCCCUCUGCCAAUAACAACAACAUGGGAAAGAUGCAGCCGCAUAGAUCUGUGUAUACCAGUGCGGGCAGCCCGGGCCUGCAAGGGAACAUCCAGAUGCAAAACCAGGGAAGUCCUUUGAGCAUGGGGCAGCAGAACUUGGGGCACAGUCCCUCAGCGGUGGGGCAGUGGUUAUUGUCCAGUGGGGACAAACCCAUGUAUCCAUCAAUGUUCGGCUUUUUGCAAGGAACUGCGAGUCAAACGAGUCAGAGUCCUCAGCAGUACUCCAGUGCCACGCCUUCCCCAGCCGGAACUCAGUACGACGAUAGAGGCACAGAGCAGCUAAUGCUCAGCAUGGAUUGCACUUCGAAUUUAGCUCUGAAACAACCUCCAAGUUACCCCAGUUGCUCCAGUGCGACCACGACACUUCAGCUGGAUAUGCAGCAAACAGAUCUGGUGUAUUCCAGGGUGGGACAGCCCAUAGUGGCUCCAUCGGCAAAGUAUCAAUGGGAGACUCAAGAGUAUUCCCCUCAAGGAACCAUGGUGCCUGGCCCCAGCUCACUAGUGCCCAAACAAGAACCAUUUUCUGCUUCAUGUGGAGCGGAAAUCCAGCAGAGCUCAUCACCAUACGGUCCAGUGCAACUCGCCGAAUACAACCCCUCAACUUCAAAGGGGCACGAGAUUCUCUCGCAAGUCUACCAGCAGAGCCCGGUUCCGUUAAAACUCGUCCCGGUUAAGCCCCGAAAGUAUCCAAAUCGGCCGAGUAAAACGCCAGUGCAUGAGCGACCGUACGCAUGUCCGGUGGAAAAUUGCGACCGCCGGUUUUCCAGAUCUGACGAAUUAACGAGACACAUUCGAAUCCACACCGGCCAAAAACCGUUCCAGUGCCGGAUUUGUAUGCGCAGUUUUUCACGAUCUGAUCAUUUGACGACGCACAUCAGGACUCAUACCGGGGAAAAACCGUUUUCGUGUGACGUUUGUGGACGAAAGUUCGCCAGGAGUGACGAGAAGAAGAGGCAUGCAAAAGUUCACCUCAAGCAGCGCAUGAAGAAGGAGUCGAAACUCUCCUCGUCGAGCACUUCGUCCACACCGACAAACAACACCACUUCCGCCCCCACCACCCCAUCACACGUCCCUUCUCCCACCUCGCACCAUCAUGCGCACCACCAUCACCAUCACCAUAUGCACCCUCAUCAAAUGUCCUCUUCACAUACCGUCACUAGUGAGGAGGUCAAUGCGAUGGACCGAGUGAGUCACGCGCCUCUGUGAGAUUUGCCUAGCGCCGAUCGGGUCCCGGUCGGCGAUUGUUUUAUUUUGAUUCAAGACGACUGUGAUCUAUCCAGUGUUGGCGAGAGUAGCACAACUGGCGAAACUCCCAAGAUAGUUUUUAUUCAAAUAGACGAUAUUCCAAAUGAACCGAUGCUCUCCAGUCGAACGUCCGUAGAAGCUGAAUGUCGCGAAAGUCUCAACAUCACAAUUGAUCAUUCGCCAAUGGAAACGCGCGACGAUUCCAGUUCUGUGCCGGACACGCCCACGUUACUGUCGCUGAGCGAGUCCAUGGCGUCUGGACAAUCAGUAGCUGAGAGCUUUACAUUGUUGCCAAUGGACGGGGAACGAGAUAUCAACUUGUCGACAAGAGUGUGCAAUACAAUAUCAUUAUUGCCUCUGGACGCGGAAACAAGUGAAAGUUUGACAACGAGUGCCAGCAUGCCGUUGUUGACAACUGAGGAAGACGAAUCCAGGUGCAGUUUGAUGGAGAGCAGUGAUCAAAGUGUAGAAGUGGAUGGUGACUGAUGCUAAAAAAUGAUCUCGCAUUAUUCUAAUAGAUGAACAGCUGGACUCUCAAUCAGCUUUACCAAGUAGGCGUCUAAGGGUACAAUCAUGGUGCGGAAAAUUGUCAAAUUAAUUCAGGGAGAACUCACGAUUUGACCUCUGGGUCUACGAAAUUGUCAAAGUGCCAAUAACUACUCUAAUUCGAUCAUUCACAUAUAUGCUUUCUUGCCUAACGAAACCACUUUCUCCUAUCCUAGCAAUGUAAUUAUUUGUUUCAAUUCAAUUAAUGAAGUGUCUGUGCCAUAAUUUGUCGGCAUUGAACAACUGUUUUGCCAUUAGAGUGCCAUCUCAAACGCAAACCCAUCAAACAUAUGAGUGUGUAUAGUUUUCCUGCACUGGAUCCGAACAGGACUUUUCAAAAGUUCUUUAAUUGCUCACUGAAAAAACGUAGUAAAGAAAAUAUAAAAAUCACACAAUGUUUCUAUGGAGGGAGUUUGGAAACGCUCGUAGGAACUUUUUUUAUGAAAGCUAGAAUUUUCAAAAAUUUGCUAAUCAAGUAAAAAGUUAUUCUCACCACAAUUCACUCAAUUAUCAAAAUUAAAUGUUAUAAAACAGCCAAUAUUUUCAGAAUACGCGCAGGUAAAAUUAGCUUUUGCCUCCAUCCAUGGAAACGUGAAAAUUUAAGCGUUUUAUAAAUGUUGUGCCCUUAUUGUACAAAAACCCUUACGUGUUAAAGCCAAUUUUGAAGUGCACUCCGACUGAUUGUAGUUUUCACGGUGCCAUAUCACCGCAAAGAAAAUAUGGUUGUUAACGAAAUUAUAUUUAAAAACAAAAACCUAUUUAAAAUAGUGAAGAAUCCUAUUUUUGUACUAUAGAUAAACUUUUCAAAUUCUUGUUAUAGUAAUGAAAUGUUUAUAUUUUACGUUUCGAGUAGAUUUUGUAACUUUAACUAAAACGAAGCUUUAAUUAAUUCUUUAGGGUUAAUAACGUGUUGUCUAAAUGCCAAAUAACACUGUUCUUAAUACAUUCCGUAGGGUUCUUAAUGAUUAUUUUAUGUUUAGAAAAAAUCUGAUAUCAGCCGGUAACGAACUACAUGAUAUCAAAUUGGUUCAUUGGGUGUUAAUUUAAUAAUAAAGAAAAGUCCAUUUUGAUGUUUUGUAGGGGCAAAGUAGUAGUCAAUACCAAAAUCGUCAAUAUGAAAGCUCAAGAACUAUAGAAAUUUUUCGCGAUUGCCUUAAAGCAUGUGUCUUGUAUACAUUUAAAUUCUUAACCGAAUCGAACUUAAUGUUACCAAGUUAUUAGCAGGAUUUCCAAUUUAUUUUCUGUUCAAUAGCCUCAUAUCUGUUGGUCGCGCAAUAAAUCCUGUCAGAGAUUUUCUAAAUAUUUCUUUUAUUGUAAUUAUUAUUAUUAUUAUUAAGUGGAAGCGAUCCACCCUAAAGGCCUAAAUGUUACUAAAAGUAUUGUGUAUUACAUUAAAAAUAACCCCUUUCAUGUAGAGAAAUGUAAUAUAGUUGUACAUAAAAUUUUAUUUAACUUCUACACGUUUUGUACAUAUAUAAUUUAAUAAAUUGUUAAUAAACCCUCUAUUGUUAAUGUAACAUUUCAAAUUCGCCAUCAACACAAGCCUUACAAGUGAAUUCAACAGUUUUUAAAUGUUUCACAUAUUUUUCAUUGAAAGCCUUUUUAAUGAUUGGACGUCGAUUCGAAAGCAAAUCAGUAUUUUUUUAACGUUGUUAAUUUGAAAAAGUUGUUAAGGUGAUGCCUUUAAAAAUAUACGUUAAAUGUAUUGUAUCUUUACGAGGAAAACUUUUUUAGUUUCAACACACUUGAACUACGUAUACCUACUAUAUGCAACGAAACAAUUAAAUUGAUACUAAAAAAGUUGAACCGAAAUAUUCGUAAAUUUUGCAGACACCCUGUGCUAAUUCAAUCACCCAAGGCUGUAAAAUCUUAUCGUAUUUUCUAUAUGUGAUAUUUGGAUACAUGGAUAUUGUCUUUAAAUAAUAAAGUAAUGUUUAAUUAUCUUAAGAUGUUAAUCUAAAGUAAAAAGUAAAAUAAUUAAACGAUCUGUGAAACCUCACCUUUUAUAAAUAAAUAUGUUGAUGUGUUAUCGUCAAAGAUGUAUUUCCCAACAAAAUGAUAAAUAUAAAUUAUGUCAAAUAAUA